AUGACCGUCACCGUCCGUUUCGCCCAAUCUGCCGACAAGCAGCAAUUCCUCGACAGGUGGGAGCUCUACAACCAGUUCUACAAGCGCACCGUCCCCGCCGACGUGACUGAGGAACAGUGGCGCCGUUUCCUGGACCCCUCUUCGCCUGUAUAUUGCGCCGUGGCCGUCGAUUCCGACAAGGAAGACGGCGCAAACGUCAUCGGCUUUGUCACCUGGCUGCCCCACAUCUACACGGGCUCGAUCGAGGAUGUCGUAUACCUCCACGAUCUUUGGAGUGACGAGGCGCAGCGGAACGUCGGGACCGGGCGUAAACUCAUGGAGUUUGUUUAUGCCGAUUCAAAGGCCAAGGGGAUCAAGAGGGUUUAUUGGCACACGCAGCACUUUAACCACCGCGCUCAGUUGCUUUACACUAAAGUUGGGACUAAGACGGAUUUCGUGCAGUACUCGCACGACGUCUAG